AUGUCUUCCGCACCCGCCAAGCACGAGUUCCUCUGCAUCCUGCCGGAUUUCCCCGGCGCCCAGGAGAAGCGCCUGGCCGUCCGCCCUGAUCAUCUGGCGGGCGUCAAGCCUCUGGUUGAAGCUGGUUCCGUUGUCAGCGGUGGUGCCAUGCUUGAGUCUCACCCCGCGGAGGGUGAGGUUCCCUCCUUUAAGGGCAGCAUGUUGCUCGCCGUGGCCGAGAACGAGGCCGCCGUCCGCGCUAUCCUGGAGAAUGAUAUCUACGCUCGCUCUGGUGUAUGGGAUAUGGAGAAGGCCCAGGUCAUCCCCUUCAAGUCGGCCGUGCGUACGCCGCUGUGA